UUAAGUUUUAAUCCACAAAUCAAGCUGUCACUAAAUUUCCAGCGAGAAUUUUUGAAAACUUUUGAUUUGUUUACAAGGACUUGACAAAUAUAAACAUUAAGUUGUGAAGUAAUAAAUCAUUAAAGUGAUAAUUUGAAGAUAAAUUAGAUCGCGACGAGAUAACGAGCUAAUCAAACAAGCCUCAAGUGUUUAUCGAUAUGGCACUGCUAAUUUCAGCAUGUGGAUUUACGGAGCCUCGAAAAUUUGUUAUUAUCAAUGAGAAUUGCGACACAGAUGGCUCAUUUUUAAUUUCAUCCUUAAUUGGUCAACGAUUGCGACAACAGAGUUCAGCUAUUGUCUUAAUAUGUUGCCAUCAGUCACUUAAAUUUUAUGAAACAUGCGGCAAGAAAUUGGGAUAUAAUCUAAUUAUGAGUCUUAAUAAGAAGAGUCUCGUUGUAAUUGAGAAGCUGCGUGAUGUGCCUUCAAUGACCUCGGAUCCUGAUAAAUUGUUGGAUCAACUUUAUGCUGAAAUUAAUAGUCAUGUAAAUACCUUCAAGAGUAAUGGCAUUAAGAAUGUCAGCGUAAUAUUUGAUGACAUCACAUUCUUCACAAAUCUUGGAUGUACUGAAAAAGAUUUAAUUAAAAUGAGUAUGAAGCUCCACAAGUUAACAAAAGAGUGCAGUGAACUGUCUGUCAUCCUCAAAGUCGGUCUUUCUGAUUUGCAUCAGUAUCUCACAAAUAAUAUUGAAGAUCUCAGCGAUGUGUCAAUAACUGUGGAGAAACUAAAGUCUGGCGACUUUUGGGAUGUUGAUGGAAAGCUUAAAAUAAAGAAAGUCAAAUGUGAGAAUGGCAUUUACAUGACAGAGAGUGAGCGAAAUAUUUUGUAUUAUGUAGGCGAUCACAAUGUAAAAAUUAUUGCACCCGGUGAACACGGACUGAAGAUUUGAAUAAAGUUGCUUUGUUUUCCUAUAAUGAA